CUCCUUCGCCGCUUCAGUCGCUCACAUUUUUGAACUCAAACACUUUUCUCGACCCACUUUGGAACAGUACCAACUCGUGGAAUAUUUCUGGGUUCAGCCCCAUUUAAAAACAAUUUAUUUUCUAAUCAAACAUUUUUUUUGUUCUUCAGAGAAAUCGCUCACUGGACUGGACAGGAGAGAGUUUUCUAGUGUGUUACUUCUUUAUUUUUUAUAUUUUCUUUCCUUGUCAGGUUCUAUUGACAUAUGCAAUGCCACGGUCCUCUAAAAGGGAGAGGAAAUGCUUGCGCUGAGGUUACUUGAAGCCGCGUGAAAGUGAUUUUGAGUUUAUUAUUUAAACCAGUUGAGCAACUGGCGACAGGACGCUAUAAUCAAUGUGGUGUCAGCUGGAAGGACGCGGGGUCCGGAUCUCACCUAAACGGUAUGGCUUUAACCCAUGCUGCUGAUACGUCUUGGGAGUGAUGCACUGGCUUCCCCUGGUUGCCAUGGUGAUAGCCUCGGCCCUGCCCUUCCCUCAUAACCCCGCAACUACUCCGCCUGACUCCGGCAGCAGCAGAGAGCAUCGUCGUGACCCAACCGCUCACCUCGCUGCUCUUUCUGUCCGCUACAACCUCAGAGGAAAUGUCUCUCAAAUGGAGGACGAGGCUGCUCCUCUCAACCCAGACCGCACGCAGAAUCUCAACGACCGUAAGGACUAUGCAAAGUUCUCCACUCGUGAAGAGACUUCCACAUUAAAAAUGGAGAGUCAAAUAACCUACCAAGCAUUUGGCAACUCAGGCACCGAUGACCGAGGCAGAGUCCGUUUGGAUGUUGCAUCAGAAGCAGGAGCUCUCAGGACCGGGGGCAUUUCCAAGGACAAUUCUCUACAAAAGGACUACAAAGCCGAUGGCUCGAUCAGCAGGAAAGAUUUCUCCAGAUUUUCAGACUUUUCCAAAGAUGACACCCAACAGGACGUUAUAGAUACACCUGUGCAAGCUUCCACUGCAAAAUAUUACGAUGUUGUUAGUCCUGCAACAAUGCUAAAAGGUCAGAGACAACCAGAGCCAACAGUUUCGUCGAGACGAGCUCAACUAGCACCGUCAACCAGGACAGAGGCCAGAACCAGUGCAGCUGAGGACAUUCUGACCGUGGAGGCUGGAAUGGAUCUGGGUGCUGAGCUGGACGGCUUUCUCAAAGGAGACGAGAUCUUUCUGGACUCGCAUCCACGAGUACUUUUUUCCCCUUCCCCAUUACCUCCGGAACAUCCACCUCUCCUGCUCAUGCUGGAGAGUGGCGGGGAGGAAGAUGGGGACGGAGGGGGUCAAGAAGAUUUGGAUGAACACAUAGAGGGUCAUGGCGAUCGUGCCAUCGACAGAAUCACAACUCCCAGUUGGGUGGACUACUCCAAGGUGGGCUUCAGGGAGGCUGAUCGACCUGUUAAAAGGAGUAAACGCUCACACUUGGUUGACAACAGGAGAGGCGAAAAGGCGGUCUGUGAGUCGGAAAGCGGUUGGGUCUACAAAAAGACCGCCAUCAACGUUAAUAGAAUUAAUGUAACAGUCAUGGAAGAAAUCCAGACCCAGGCUGGACCGGUCAGACAGUUCUUCUACGAGACCCGCUGCCGUCAGGCCGAGCAGCCGAGCGUCUACGACAGGACUAAGGGGACAGGGAGGUCGGUGGGGACGGGCGUAUCCGGAGCUGGAUGUUUGGGUGUGGAUAAAAAACAGUGGCGGAGCGAGUGCAAGGUCAAGCAGUCGUUUGUUCGAGCACUAAUUAGAAACGAAAGGAACCAAAUCGGAUGGCAGUGGAUCCGAAUCGACUCGUCCUGCGUCUGCGUGCUGCUGUCCAGAACAAAGAAGGAGGUUUUGACCCGGGGGAGAGGAUAAAAUGGGGGCACAGAGAAACUGAGAUGUUCUUCUGUGUACAGUAGCCCUGCUCUUGUUCACUUUCCCCCACAUCUCUGGAUUUCCCCUCCCUCAACGAUGAGACUUUUGCAAAACAACAAGACCUCAACACUAGACCUUAGGGAAAUUUGUUUUAUAGAUUUUACAUCAAGAAGUACUGUUUUGUAUGACCUACUUUUCAUAAUCUAAGUUAUUUUUGAUUAGUAUGUAAGCAUGUCUUUGAUAUUAAUAUAUUCCUUAACGUGUGUAUAACAUGACACCAGUAUACCUUUAUGUAUUUCAGUGUGUAUUUAUAGAAGACGUCUUCAUGCAGCAGUCUCUCCAGUGUCUGAUGAUAAUUCCAGCCUUUGGCUUGCUGUGUUUUUCUAAAAACAAAGAGCUCCACCUACUGACGGUUUAUUUUACAGCUCCAAACUCUUAUGAAUGUUGCAAAGGGGAAUGUAUUCAGAACAGACUAUAAUUUGUGUCAGAUUGCGUAUGUGGGACUCCUCAAAUGUGGUUCAAGAACAUGAAACUAUGUGGUUUGUAAAUUAAGUGACACCUGAAGAAAACCUGCUGUUGUGUUCAGUCGGACAUGUAAUAAAAGAUCUUUGUAUUCA